AUGGGCUUCAUACCUACGCUCUAUCUUCACCGGACCACAGUGACCUGCCUGCGGGAGGACUUACUGCAACUGGGCCGGUACAAGGUCAAGCUGUUGAUCCUGUCUAGGAGCAUGUUGAAGGGCCUUUCCCAGCUCCGACACUUCUUCCUGGCCCGCGUGCUGAACCCUGCGGUCCACGUGGUGGUGGUCUUGUGUGGGGUGGACAGCCUGGCACCCCUCCUGGAGGUGGUGGCCCUCAAGGGGGACGAGUGUCUGCAGAUAUCCAGUGAGAAAGAUGCCCACGACUACCUGUCGGAGGUGACUGACAUCGUGCAGAGAGGGCACCAGGCUGCAGCAGGUAACAUCAGUGAUACGCCUGGGAAGUUGACCGGACCGGCUCUAAACUUAAAGUUGGAGAGCAGGCAGUCGACUGGAACCUCGAGUAUCAAACCCAACAACAUGCGGGUGGUCCCCUCCAGAGUUCCCUGUGGGGUUCUUCAGGUGUCCUUGGUGGAGAAACUGGACCAAAGGCUGUUCUCCAUGCUGUUGAAAGCCAUGCCCUCCGCAGGCUUCCAGGGACUGCAGGGAGAUGACCCACCUGAAGGGGAGUUGCACCUAGAGGACAUAUCGUCACUUCUUCACUUCGCUGCCCAGAACGGGUUUAAGGAUGUCUCCAGUGUGUUGCUACAAUGUCCAGGGCCAAAGAGAGCUUCAUGCACCGCUACCCGCCAAUGUAACCGACAGAUGCCCGCUGAGAUCGCCCAACAUCAUGACCAUGCUGAGGUCCGUGCCCUGUUGCAGCAGACACUGAAUAUGUUCACUGUGGACAAGGACAGCGACGACACCAGUGUCAACAAAAUGAUGUGCACAGCAGGAAAUAACAUCUCCUCCAUGUAUGACACGUUUGUGCCCAACCAGCCGCUUGGGCUGGAGCUGCUGAGUGAGCUACAGGAGAAGAGAGGGUCACUCAGUAGAGCUGCUGAGUGA